UAUAGUCUGUUGCAGGCAGAGAAGAUUCUCUCUCUUCUUUCUCUCUCCUCUACUAGAAACGUCUGAAGGAGAAGAAGCUCUUUAUUUUAAUGGCGGAAGCAGUACACGCGUCAACAAACUUUCACCAUUGAUCCUUUCCUUUCAAAUUUUCAACUCUCCAACGCCAUUCUUUACAUUUAUUAUUAUUUUUUCCAUACUUUUUCCUCUCCGUGUUUCAUUCCUACAUAAUCGUUUGAAAGUGCCCGUCCGAUGGAUUUCUCUCUCAAGUCUUUGAAAUCUCACGCCUCUUACAAGUAUGUAAGGAAGCUUUCUAGAGCAGAUGCUACUCAAGAUCAAGAGCAGCUUCCCAUUCUUUCAGAUCAGCAACAUUCGAUUAUGGCGGUUUCCGAUGCAUCUGAUCGGAAAGAGGUUAUCGUCAAGGUUGAUCAGGACGAUGCUUCAUUGAGAGCUAAGGAGUUGGUGAACACCAGUGGGAGGAUUUGGAGGGAGUCCAGUUAUGAUUUCUGGAAUGACAGUGAUAAUAGACGGGAUAAUGGCGAUUGUGUUGGUAGGAGUGAGGAUUUUGAGUUUAGGCAAGAUAGGAAGGAUGUGGAAGAUCCACCGUCUAAGCUUAUUGGACAGUUUCUUCACAAGCAGAAGGCGUCGGGAGAGAUGUCUUUAGAUAUGGAUAUGGAAAUGCUGGAACUACCACAGGAUAAGACUCUGCUUCCUGCGGUGGCGGAAUCUCCGAUGCGACGGAGUUCGAGAGAGUUGAAGGUUUCGUUUGAGUCUAUUUCAGAAAUUUCUGAAAACGAUUCGAUGCGAAGACGGCACAGAGACUCUCUGCCGGUUGAUGAAGAACAUAGAGGACAGCAACCGAAGCAGCGUGAUCGUCGAGCAUAUGGCAGCAAUGGUGAAGAUGAUGGCGCUGCUGAGGUUUUGAGAUGCACAUCUAAUUCGUCCUUUCAAAGAGAUGUAUCGUUCCAGAGGAAAUCUAGCUUGCUUAGGGCUAAAACUAAGUCUAGAUUGCUGGAUCCACCUGAAUACCAAGACCGGAGGUCAGGGCGUGUACCAACAAAAUCAGGGCAAGUUCGCUCUGGUUUAUUGUCAAAAGCCUUAGAUGAGGAAGACGAUGAUCCAUUCUUGGAAGAAGAUCUUCCUGAUGAGUAUAAGAAGGCUAAUCUCGGUGUUCUGACUCUGUUACAGUGGGCGAGUUUGAUUUUGAUAAUCGCGGCACUGAUUUGCACUUUGACAAUUCGUUACUGGAGGAGAAAGAAACUAUGGAAGCUUGAACUAUGGAAAUGGGAGGUUAUGAUUCUUGUUCUGAUAUGUGGAAGGCUGGUUUCUGGUUGGGGGAUUAGGUUAAUCGUCUUCUUCAUUGAAAGAAACUUUCUAUUGCGUAAGAGGGUUCUAUACUUUGUUUAUGGAGUCAGAAAGGCCGUCCAGAAUUGUCUUUGGUUGGGUCUAGUUUUAAUUGCCUGGAACUUCCUGUUUGAUGACAAAGUUCAAAGAGAGGUAAAGAGCAAUGCCUUAGAAUAUGUGACCAAAGUAUUGAUAUGUCUUCUUGUAAGCACUUUGGUUUGGCUAGUAAAAACGCUGAUGGUGAAGGUUUUGGCCUCUUCUUUCCAUGUGAGUACAUAUUUUGAUAGGAUUCAAGAUGCAUUGUUUAACCAAUAUGUAAUUGAGACACUAUCAGGGCCUCCAUUGAUAGAGAUUCAAAAGAACGAGGAAGAAGAAGAGAGGCUUGCAGAAGAGGUUAUAAAGUUACAGAAUGCAGGGGCUACUAUCCCUCCUGAUUUAAAGGCAACUGCCUUUUCAACAACUCAAAAGGGUGGGAGAGUGAUUGGGAGUGGUGGGUUGCAGAAAAGUCCUCGUGGAAGAAGUGGCAAGCUAUCUAGGACACUGUCUAAAAAGGGCGAUGAUGGUAUAACAAUUGAUCACUUGCAUAAACUUAGUCCUAAAAAUGUGUCAGCUUGGAAUAUGAAGAGGUUGAUGAACAUCGUUAGACAUGGGGCUCUUUCAACUUUGGAUGAACAGAUAAAAGAUGCAACUGAUGAGGACGAAUCAACCACACAGAUCAAGAGUGAAUAUGAGGCAAAAGUUGCUGCUAAGAAGAUUUUUCUGAACGUGGCUAGGCAAGGUUCUAAAUAUAUCUACCUCGAGGACUUGAUGCGUUUCAUGGAAAAAGAUGAGGCUUCAAAAACCAUGGGGCUCUUUGAAGGAGCAUGUGAGAAUAGGAAAAUAAGCAAAUCGUCAUUGAAAAACUGGGUGGUCAAUGCCUUUAGAGAACGGAGGGCCCUAGCUUUGACAUUAAACGAUACCAAAACAGCUGUGAACAAACUUCACCGUAUGGUGAAUAUUUUAGUUUCUAUCAUUAUUCUGGUUAUUUGGCUAUUGAUUCUGGGUAUAGCCACAAGCAAAUUUCUCCUAUUCGUGACCUCUCAACUUGUGCUUGUCGCAUUUGUAUUUGGAAAUACUUGCAAGACUGUUUUUGAAUCAAUCAUCUUCUUAUUUGUGAUGCAUCCAUUUGACGUCGGGGACCGAUGCGAAAUCGAUGGCGUGCAGAUGAUUGUAGAAGAAAUGAACAUUUUGACGACCAGUUUUUUAAGAUAUGACAACCAGAAGAUCAUAUUUCCGAACAGUCUUCUUGCAACUAAGGCUAUCCACAAUUUCUAUCGUAGUCCUGACAUGGGAGAUGGUGUAGAAUUCUGUCUUCACAUAUGUACUCCGCCUGAGAAAAUUGCUAUAAUGAAACAAAGAAUAAUAAGUUACAUUGAGGGCAAGAAAGAGCAUUGGUGUCCUGCGCCAAUGAUUGUCCUCAAGGAUGUAGAAGAGUUGAAUAGAAUGAGGAUAGCAAUAUGGCUUACUCAUAGAAUGAACCAUCAGGACAUGGGGGAGAGGUGGACAAGGAGAGCUCUUUUAGUCGAAGAACUCGUUAAAAUUUUCCAAGAGCUCGACUUGCAAUACCGUCUCUUACCGCUCGAUAUCAACGUUCGUUCCUUGCCUCCAGUGAACUCUACUAGUCUUCCUUCUAGAUAAUUGGACAACCUAUGCAAGUUGGACAACCUAUGCAAGUUGAGUGAGGUAGACAAGGAAAUCAACUCACAUUAUCAACCUUAAGUUUGUAAACGUUCUCGUUUCUCAUUUUACAAAAAAAAAAGAGGGUAUGCUUUUGUAUCUAUAUUUAUUGAGAUAGAUAAUUCAUGUAAAAUGUCUUAUUGAUCCUUAUAUUUUACAUUGGGAAUCGAUUUAAAAUGUUCUACUUUUAUUCAACAGCACAAUUUGUUAGAU